AUGUUUGGAUCUGCAGAUGUGAAGCUGUGCGGCACCGCCCUCCUGCUGCUCCUGGGAGCGCUCGCCAACGUCUUCAACCUCGGGGUCACGCUGGUGCAGCAGUGGAGGUCCGGAGGCGCGAAAAAAACCGUUGCUGCCAUCAUCUGCCUCAUCUCCCUGGGCAACGUCCUGCUGCAGAUCUCCACCUUCGUCCUGGCGGCGUCCGUCUGGGCCGGGGCGCUCUGCGGGCCGGACCUCCCUUUCUUCUUCUGCGUCGUGCUGUUCCUGUGGCUCAGCGGCAGCUCCGUCAGCUUCUGGUCCGUCGCCUCGCUGAGCGUCCUCUACUGCGUGAGGGUGUUGAGCUUCUCCUCGGUUCUCCUCAGGGCGCUCAAGGAGAACAUCUCGGCCGUCCUGUGUGUCGUCCUGGCGGUGACCUCUCUGACCUCCUGCCUGAUGUUCACGCCUUUCUUCUUCCUCCAUUUUCAACCCAAAACUCUGAAUCUAAACACGACAGAAAAGGAUGUAUGUGUCCUUAAGAAGCCUCUGUUCCCAUCCUGGGUGGACGUCAACGCCUACGUGAUCACCUUCAUCUGCCACCUCACCUUGAUGCCCUUGUCCAUCAUGCUCCCGACCUCGCUGAGUCUGGUGGUCUACCUCUGCAAACACACCACCUCCGUGCAGAAGAAGCAGAGCAGAGGGUCGUAUCUGCGGUUCUGCAGGCUGACGGUGGCUCUGGUCGGGGUCUACCUCGCCACGCUGCUCUCCAUCUCCCUCUACUAUUUCCACGCCAUCUUCGCCUCCGGGCUGAGCGCCGACGUGCUCUUCCUCGGCCUGUCGUUUUACUGCGUGGCCUCUGCGAUCCUCCUCACCUGCUCCAACAAGAACCUGAGGGAGAAGCUCAGAGCGACGCUGAUCUGCAGGAGAACGAACACAAACACAACAUCCAGGAGUGAAGACAAGAGUGGAGCUACAGCCACAUAUAUGUGA